AUGACACAAGUAGAUAUCCCACGUGAAGUGAUCAAUAAAUUAAUGUUUUUCACUGCUGCGAUGGUAAUAUUUCCAUUAGUUACUUUUUUUGCAACUCAAUAUUAUACUACAAAUACUAUUGUAUCCGGUGGUUUAGCUGCAUUGGCUGCGAAUAUAGUUUUAGUCAGCUAUUGUGUCGUGGCAUUCACCGAGAAACUACCUAGUGCUGACGGCGAGGAAACUUCAGAAAUGAAGGAUAAAAAAGAAAAAUAA